AUGUCUGCCUCGUACUACGAGCCUCAGGGAUGGCAAGCCCCUGUUCGUCAGGCUUCAUGGGAGCAGCCCGCUCCUCCGUCGCGAUCAGGAACAAGUUCGGUUUCCCAACGAGACGAGCCCUCGGCGUUUUCCUCCCAGUUCGACGAGGUUGACCGGGCUAUCGACAACCUGGCCAAGAGCGGAAAACUCUUCAGCGGCUCGAGGAGAGAAUCUAUGCCCAUGAUGAUGAUGGGUCGUCACUUCCCAGAAUACGACUCUCGCCCGAUGAGCAGCGGCCUGCCUCCGCAAAGACAUCACUCGGUCAGCGAUUUCGACCCAUCUCGCGCCCACUCGGGGUCUGCCCUACAAGGCUUCUAUGCCUCGCAGCGCUUCCAAGGUCGUCAGUCGGAGCCAGAACAAAUGAUGCAGGCAAAACGUCGGAUGGCAGCGCAACGCGAACGGGAGCUCCGUAACUACCACCAGGAGCAGCAGUACAAUCGCAGCCUUCUUUCUGAGAUGUCCGGAUCCAAAUCCGAGCGCUCUUCGAGCCCCGCGGCGAUGAGCGAAGAAAGCCGCCGCGAACUGAUCGCACGCCAACACCGCGCUCUAUACGGAAACGAGAGUCCCGCCUUCUUCCCACCAGGUUCUCUGGGCGACGAUGCCCACAGCACUCGCACCGAUAACCCUAAUAGCGCUACACCGACUUCGAGCAGUGGUGGAGUUCGUGGAGCGUCCCCCCGAGCAGUCGAUCCCUUCGGUUUGGGUCAAUCGCAACCUGAUGGUCUCGUGCAGGGAGGGGCCCCCAGCGCAGGACGCCAGUCCCCAGCGCGCGCCAACAGUACUCACUCUCCCAGCUCUGGAGCCAAUGCUUCGUACGGUCUCUACGACAGCAACGUCGAACAGUCAACCACAUCGACCUCGUCUCCCGGCGGAGCCGAGUCGCCAUCGUCUCGCCAGCUGUCGUCUAAACCUAGUGCUGCCAUCGGUUCUGUUGGGCCCAUCGGUUCUGUUGGGCCCAUCGGAUCACGGCCCUCCCAGCCAGCCACCAGCCAGGCCGCCAACCCAGCUUUGAAUAAGCGUUCUACCACCCCGUUGCCCUCGCCACUAGGCCUGGGUUUUACCCCCAGCGAGAGCGCUGCCGUAAAUGAGCGAUCGGCCUCCGCGACGUCCAACCAUGCCAAUGUCAAUAACAAGGAGAAUGCCUUUGCUUCCGGAUGGGGCGCCAACAGCGGUGUCUGGGGCUCGAAGAACCUUGGAGUCCAGGCAUCUGUUUGGGGUUGA